AGCCUUGAAUAUCAGAGUCAAACGUCAUGCUUAACGCGUCACGUAUCAUCUUGCCUCACGGAUCUUUACUCUGGCUUUGUGCCAGCUGUCACAUCCUUGCUAAAGCUGUUGAGUUACCACUGUGGAGAUUUACAAGUAGAUCCAGCCUUGAUAAACCAGUUCUUGCUCAGCCAGAUUCAAUGCAGGUCCGACGUUUUCUCUAGAACUGUGCAAUGUUGGGAUAAGUUUCGCGAUAGAUUCAACAACGACAAGGCAGAUUCCAGACUCUGCAGGUAGGAAAUAAACUCUUGCCACAUUAUAAGAAACAAGAUUGGGCCUUAGACGAAUUCUCUGUAGCAUUUAGCAACAAAAACGUAAAACUUGUUUUGAAACAUUGCUGCAAAACGAGUUUAAUAGCGACGUUGCGCGUUAUACCUGUCUCCCAACAAAUCACGUUGUUGCAAGGUGCAAAAAGUUGUUGCGGAAGAAGAGAAAAGUUCUAGUUUUUACAAUAAAAUCUGUACACGUUGCGCCUUUUACAGGCCCAAGAUAAAAUUGUUUUGCAGAAAAUGACGUGGCCCCCGUGCAUACAAGAAAUGAUUCUGGCUAGCAUCCUUUUCUGGCAAAAAAAAACAUAUCAUGGAAUGAUUGAUUUCCAUUACAAUUUUAAUUUAUUCAGCCUCUUACUCGUUUCUAACUUGAUCGUUACAAACUGAGCCAAGAAUAAGGUUUUUCUUAAUGUCAGGUUGCUCUAGAGGACGUUUUCUUGGAGGUAAAGUGCCAUAUUAUCCUACUGUAUUUCAACCAAGAUUUACAUGAAUCAGCGCAAAAGUGAACCUUUAACACAUUGCCAGAAUAAAAUAUAUUAUGCAUGGUGUGGCCCGUGUUUAUAUUAACAUAAAACAACAACAGAAGUGUCAAAUUCGCUAAUGGUCUAGUUAAGAUCGGCAUAACCAGUUUGUGGAUUGGAAGAAAUGCGGAUAUUGUUCUGGGCAUGUGCUGAUAAAAUGUUUUUUGAUUUUUCGGCCAUACUCUUGUGUAGGGAUUAUGCUGAGGCAAAGGACUGUGUGACACAGCAAGCAAAGACUGGGUGUGCAAUUGGACAGUACAUCAAUAGGGACCUGUUUAACCCUUUUUGCACUUACAAUACAGAUCCACCAUUGAACAGCUCAGGUACAACGUUCAACUGUCUUUGUUUUCUCACUGUAACCCCCUGCAAAUGAUUGCCGAAGAUUGAGAUACAGCUAGAGAUAACUUUUGAUAUUCAAAUUGAAAUAUUUUAAUAUUUUACCUUAUGUAACAAGAGUUUAAGGCAUUUUACGAUUAGCAUUGAAAUUAGCAAUUUGACUUGAAUUAGUGAAGAGGAAUUUUGUCCCACUCGGUUUUUGGCGAUUUAAAGCAAUAUUUCUACACUACUGCGAGGUGCUUUUUCAAGAAAGUUGUACGUUCUAUCUGUAAAGUUUUCAUGGAAGAUUUCAGUUAAUUAUGUUGCUUCCUUUCCUCACCUUUCUAUUGUUAUUAUUAUUUUUUUUUUUGCAGGACCGAUAGUCUUGAUUGGUCGUUGCGAUACUCAGAAGUUUGCAUCCUCUGCUUAUUCUUGCCAGAGAGAGAUGAUGACCAAAUUAGCAAGAGCAGACAGUGGAAGCUGUCGGUAACAGAAAAGUCAUUCACUUAGCUCAGUAUAAAAACCUAACUGUUAAUUACAUUAUCGCCCUCAGAACUCCGAUCCUUUUGGCCAGCGCCACGGAUUGGCUGCUCAGGUUGGGGUCCAAAGAUAUAAGGGACAUUAGUACUGUCUGUUUGUAAAAUGGAAAGCUACUGUGCUUGCGCGUUAUCUUGGUCAGGCCAGAGCUCUCGAUUCGUGACACUGACCUCAAGGAACGCAGCUCUAGGGACAAGAAUGAAGCACUUCGGCGAAUAUAACAUGCCUGGUUACUUGACUCUUCUUGUAGAAACGCGCUUUCUUAAAAUCAAGUCAAAAUAAAAACAAAAAUACUUAAAAUCCCUGGUGAGAGUUUUAGAUUCAGUAUCACAGGUACAUCAAAGACUCAGGCUAGCUUUUGCGCCGCCGAAUAGUGCUUCUGUUUACACAUAAGGGCGCUUAUGGCGGCGCGAUUUCUACGACGGAGCAAAGCUGCGCCGCGCGGAUCUCAAAAGUAGAGUUUCACACUUCGGACAGGUUUCAUGCCUUACACUUUUGCAGUGUGAACACCUAUUCGGCCCGUCCCGGAAGUAAAGAAGUAGGAGCAAGGCUUGGAACCAACUCUGCCGGAAGUAAAUAUUCGAGAGUGAGGACUGGAAUCUGGUACACUAAACCCUCUCGACCAACCGGGCCGGCACGAUGUUCGAUGUGUGUGAACGACUUGUGCAGCCCCGAGUCGUAGCUGGUCACACUAUACCGGAUAGCUUCCGGUGUCGUGUGAACAUAGCCUCAAUACUCGAAAAGAGAGGACAUUUUCUUAUACUUUUCAACUUUUCUUUUCGUAGGGACCAAUAUGAUAGGCUAAAGUCUUGCUUGUCAUCGAUCAUGGAAGAAUGUCUUACUGGAACGUCGCUCUCUGCCCUCCAAGAUAAAGUCCGUGAACUAGUGCAAACAGUACUUUACCACUGCGGUUCUCUUAUUGCAGAAAACUUGUCGAUCGAUUCCUUACUAAUGAAUAUACUUAAUUGCAACAAAAGUAUGUUUCAAACGUCCGUCCAAUGCUGGGAUGAAUUUAGGCUGAGGCUGCUACUGAACAAAUUUGACAAGCAACUUUGUGUGUAAGUUUCAAUUUUUGUAUUGCAGUUGACAAUACUCCAUAGUACUCUAAAUAUGUGUUUAAAUAGUAGAAACUUAACAAGCACAGUAUCAUAAAAUCACUAAAGUUCGUUUUUACGUGACCUCAAUGCGGCCAUAUUGGUGUACAAAGAAAUAAAACAGUGGCCAUGUUGGUGUACCAAAAAGACACUUUGGGAUUGAACUAUUUUGGAAACUUCUUUACCAAAUUAAAUCAUUUUGCGAUUUUUUUGAGUAAGAGGGAGAUCAAAUGAUAAAUGAUCUUAGUACAGUGUAUUUACCAAAUCAGUGAACAGCAAUUUUCGCGCGUGUCGAUUGGCUCCCGUAACUCGGGAAUAUCCUUGGCUAUUCACCGUUUUGCGAUCGGAGCUAAGGUGGCGUUUCAAGACAUUUUGGAAAGACGAAACAAAUACCAAGAAAGCGACGAACAUUGGCUUGUCAGUGUUUACUGGUAGGUAGAAAAUCGUUUUCAUGCUGAAUUUGCAACAAAAUGGUAAAACUGCGCUUGACAAAAUCCCCGAAAUGUUUUAAAAUUUAAACAAAGUUCCCACUAAGUGACGUUUUUAAUUUACAAAUGUUUAUUUUUUAUUCUUAUCCGACUGAUUUGGUAAAUACUAAACCAACUAUCCCCCUCAGGGUCGGUUCGUAGCUCUAGAUGUAUACCUCUACGCUUCGCAUCUCGGUAUAUCGACACCACUAUUCCCCUUCCCUUCGGGGGAUAGUUGUAUACUAUUCCAGAAAAACUAAAGCGACCGUAACGUAUGGAAUGAACAAUUUUAAUGGUUAGAAGUGGAUGUUUAGGUGUGUACUCGUGACACUGAAACAAAUGACGCUUCUCGAUUUCAAAUUUUGUAAACCAAAGGUUAUCUUUCAUAAUGGAAUUGUAGAUUGCAUGAAGUUUGAUAUCUUCUGGACUAAGCAAGCUGUGCGUAAAAAAGAGAUACCACCAUUGCGAUGGGUUCCAAAAGGAGUGGUUCAACUGUACACAGGUUGUUAAAAUACCCUUGCUAAUAAACGUUCCCUGGAUACAAGAGAUUUUUCACGCGCGGUUUCCGGUUACCAUCAAGUCUCAUACGGCUUCGCUCUUCGCGUGGCUUUGGCCUUCGGUCGAGGAUGUGCCAGCCUGCGGCCGACCUCGAAGCAUCCCACCGCACGCGACAAAAAACUUCUGGUCCUGGUUGUUGAAACGUUGAACAGCGUUAUCCAUCGGAUAAAUCACUAUCAAGCGGAUAAGUAUUACGACAAACAAUUGCGCUAUCCAAUUGAUAGAGAUUUAUCCAGUGAAUAGCGUUAUCCGAAUUUUGAACCACUAGGGCCUGGUAACCAGGGUAUAAUAACAACUUCUAAUAUUUGAAUAUUUGUACCAAUUGCUGCCUGAGAAUGAUCAGAAGACCUUUCACUUGUUCUAACCUUCCUCAUCACGUUCUUCACACUCAAUGCUACUCACGUUGUGUUACAGGGACUAUGCUCGUUCUAAGCAGUGUGUCUUAAAGGCUGUCAAACAGGGAUGUGCUAUUGGCGAUCUAAUGGAAGAGGAUCUUUAUAACCCAUUCUGCAUUGAUGGCAUAGAUCCACUUAGCUUGCCACCUGCUUCAGGUGUGUCCUUUUCUCUGUGGGUUUGACGCAUUAGUUUUCGAAGUUGACAGGAACUAUUUUCUCCAGCUCCAAGACUAGUUUAUGACAUAGCUAGAAUAUACACUUAAACAAAUUCAAUAACGCGAGCGUGUUUCAUGUUCCCAUUGAGUACGUUGAUGACGUCAACAAAUUAAAACCUCGACUUCUUGUGAGCUUCGCAAUCCUCUUCGCUGCAUUCAGUUACAGUUCACAAAGAAGCAUUUACCUGUUUUAUCAUGUCUGUAAUCUAAAGAGAAACACUUUUGAAUUUGUUAACAGAUAAUAGGGGAAUUGAGGUGAGUGCUAUCGUUACUGUCAUCUGUGCAAGUAUAGCGUGUGCAAAUCCUCGAGAUGCAACCAGCGGUAAUUGCUUUUAGUAUAUACUAAAACAGUAGAUACUGUUUUUCUCGAUUUGAUUGGUUACUCAAAGUAAAACGGCAAGAAAACGCGACGUCCGUUCGGUCAUUUGCGCGCCAAAAUUGUAAUCGUCGGCAGCAGUAAAUGAGUUAAAAACCAUGAUUUACUAACCACCUCCACUUCGUAGUGCUAGGAACGCAUAUUGAAACAUCUUUAUCAAUAUCUAUUAGUGGUUUAUUUUUUCGUACAAAGAAUGUUUAAAGAUUUAUGGAAGGCUAACUUAAGCGUAAUCAUUAUUAUGUGUUUGUGAUAUUCCGAAGGCUGUUUUUGAACAUUGAUGAUAGAGAGAGGCUUCAAGUGUACACUCACUUAAAGCAAAAAAUUAUUAGACGUUACUCCAACUAGAACUUACUUUUCCUUAGUAAAUGCAUUGAAAAAACGUGCGGUGGCCGCGCGGGGAUACGAGUUUUAUCUUCGAGUGCUGACAGUAUCUCUCACUCGUUCGCUUCGCUCACUCAUGAGAGAUACUUUCAGCGCGAGAAGAUAAAAUUCGUAUCUCCAAGCGGCCAUAUAAUCAGUUCUGUUUAUUUUAUAGAUACUGAUGAAAUUCCUACAUGAAACACUUUUUUUUUAUUCAUUUUCGAAACAGCAAAAUAGUGUAAUUAAAGUGGUCACCUAUCGGUAAAUGCCUGUCACAAAAAUGUUAUGAAACUCAGAUAUAAAGUUAUAAAGGAGAAAUAAAGACAAUGAUACUUAGUAACCUGAGCGGGAAGCUCUCUUGUAAUUGGCUAAUCAUGUUAGUAACCAUGGCGACAGCAAUAACCUCACACGUGAAAGAUAAAAAUAGUAUAUUCACUACUGCGCGCGAUGAUCAUGAAGAUAUGAUUUUUUAGUAAAAGGAAAAAUCCUGGUAUUUCAAUAGUAUCUAUAUAAUAAAAUUGUUUGUACGGGAACUAAAGUUCAUUUAUUGCAUUUCCUCUUGUUUUUUCUUUGCAGCUCUUCCUUCAAGUCAAUUCAACUUUGUUUGCACAAAUGCAUAUUUUUACGAAAAGGCAGUUACGUGUGAAGAUGACUUUUUAAACGCUCUUUAUUCAACAAGAGUUAUUACUAACUGCAGGUUUGUGUAAUCUUGCAAUGUGCAGUUUUGAUUAGUUGAUCACCGUUUCGUUAAUAUUUCUUCUAGGUAUGAUAAACUUAAGCACUUUUAAGUUUGUAUAGAAACUUGUUUAACCCACGAUGCUUAACGAAUGUUCAAUAGUGAAUCCACUAAGCCGCCUGUUUUUUUUUUCUUGUUUGUUUGUUUCAUCCUAGAAAGCAAUCUCAGUCUUUUCUAGACUGUCUAAAGGCUCAUUUUGAACCUUGCGUCAGGCCACAUUCUAAUCCGGUAUUAUCAGAGGCAUUGAGUACGCUGGUUCUGCAAAGCUUACAGGGGACCCAACUUCUAUGCAGUUCGCCCAUACAGCAAAUCACGUGGGAUGACCUUCCUCCACUCCUUCGAUCGGUUGCAUCGUGUGAAAAUGAGUUUACUUCGGAAGCAGCUAGUUGUGGAAAAACUUUUCGUUCAAAGUUCAUUCCGGUUCCUUCACCACUGUGUGAAGAGUUUGAGGACGCCAAGAAGUGUAUAGACAAGGCUAGAGAAUCUCACUGUUCAUUUGGCUUUCAGGCCAGGGAGACACUCAAGGGAAAAUCAAAUCCAUUUUGCGACAACAGAACCCGAACGCUAUUCAACGACGAUAGCAUCUGCGAGAAAGUAGAUUUAAUACUGUCAUUCCUCAGUGUUAUGUUAGUUUUAUCAAAUAACCUAUUUUAA